AGCUAUGGCAAAGGAAGAAGACGACCUGGCUGUUCACAGAGAAAGAGAGAGCAUCUGACAGACUGGCAUUGGAGAGGUCAAGCAAGGCCCGACACCCUCUCUCUCUCUCUCUCUCUCUCUCUCUCAUACACGCGCUCGCGAACACAAUCUGUAUAUAUAGACGGCAUGCAUGCAUAGUUACAUACACCCUCCAAUUCUAUAAAUGGUCCGAGACGCUCGAGGCUUCAAGAGGAAAACCUAGCUAGGUCGUUGUUCGAAAAUCGAAUUACCCUGAGAAAUCAUGAGUCUGUUCGGCCUUGGAAGCAGAAACCAGAAGACAUUUCGGCCUAAGAAGAGUGCUCCAUCAGGAAGUAAGGGUGCACAGCUUCAGAAACACAUUGAUGCCACGCUAGGUAGUGGCAACUUAAGGGAAGCCGUUCGACUGCCACCCGGAGAAGAUCUCAACGAGUGGCUGGCCGUAAAUACGGUUGACUUCUUCAAUCAAGUGAACAUUUUGUAUGGCACUCUUACGGAAUUCUGCACAGCAUCAAACUGCCCAAUGAUGACAGCAGGACCAAAAUACGAGUAUAGAUGGGCCGAUGGAGUUACUAUAAAGAAACCCAUAGAGGUGUCUGCUCCCAAAUACGUGGAGUACUUGAUGGACUGGAUUGAAGCUCAGCUCGACGAUGAAUUGAUUUUUCCUCAAAAGUUAGGGGCACCAUUUCCACCAAAUUUUCUGGAUGUCGUUAAGACAAUAUUCAAGCGAUUGUUCCGUGUAUACGCUCACAUCUAUCACACACAUUUCCAGAAGAUUGUGAGUCUGAAAGAAGAAGCUCAUCUCAAUACUUGCUUCAAGCAUUUUGUUCUUUUUACCUGGGAAUUCCGCUUGAUUGAUAAAGGGGAGCUUGCACCACUGUACGAGAUUGUUGAAUCAAUCUUACAGUUAUAGCCCUUUAUGUUUUUCCAUGAUUCAACAUUGUGAAUUUUCCAGUUAAUGUAGAGCAUUUGUCUUCGCAAUUUCGAAUGAAAAUGCUGUUUCAGUAAAGUCCAUUCUCUCUUUUAGCUUUCAUGUUGUUUUGUACAUUUUACAAAGAUAACGAUAACUCAACAAUCGAAGCAUAAUCGAUCCUCCUUUUUACCUUGUAAGACUAGAAACAUUGAAAAUCCAAACAUGACUUGUAUUAUUGCACUGAAGUCAAGUCACAAUAACAAGGAAGAGCAGCUUCAUAUAACUUUACCAUAAAUUCUUUUACAUAUUUUUGUGUCCUAGAGCAAAAUACAGAUCUUCUUGUAUCAGCCCCUAUGUAUGCUUACAUCGUUUACACUGCAAUGAUAAGAAUUUUACCUCGAUCUUUUGGACCUGGUUCUGUGGAGAAAGGACAAUUACUUCCCCCAUGAAUCGUCACUUUCACGAGCAAUACACUGUCAUCUUCAGCAAGAUAAUCUAGUAUCACUGUAU